GCAAUGCGCAAUCAAGCGAUUCUGACGCUCCGUUCCCAGCCAACCCGAACUUUGAAUCACGCGCUAAGGCAAUCACUCGCCUAGCGCCACUGCACGUACAAAUAUCCCCCCAUCCCACCUCCCAGAGCCUUUCUCUCUCAUCCACAACAACAUCCAUCAAUCAAUCAACACUCUCGACCAACAACCACCUUCAAUCAACAACACCAUCUUUUCAUCAAUACCAUCCGUCUAAAUCCAUAACAAUGGCCCGUACCAAGCAAACCGCUCGGUAAGUCUCAUCCUCAUCAUCGUCUUGCCCCUGCAUCGACUUUGAGGCGUCGCUCGAUUUAGCGGUCGCAAUCUGCGAUCGUGACGACAGUUCAGCCUCAACUUCGACGCGCCUCUUGCCCCACCUCAACACCAUCACACUCCAACAUCAUGAUCAUCUACUAACAUGCUCUUCACAGUAAAUCCACCGGAGGAAAGGCUCCUCGUAAGCAACUUGCUUCCAAGGCUGCCCGUAAAUCCGCACCCUCAACCGGAGGUGUCAAGAAGCCACACAGAUACAAGCCAGGUAAGCAGCAAUUCACGCGCCGCAUCAUCACCUUCAUCUUUUAACAUCUGCCAGGAACCGUCGCUCUCCGUGAGAUCCGUCGUUACCAAAAGUCGACUGAGCUCCUCAUCCGAAAGCUUCCUUUCCAACGUUUGGUUCGUGAGAUUGCCCAAGACUUCAAGUCCGACCUUCGAUUCCAGUCUUCCGCCAUCGGUGCUCUCCAGGAGUCCGUUGAGGCUUACCUCGUCUCUCUCUUUGAGGACACCAACUUGUGCGCCAUCCACGCCAAGCGUGUCACCAUUCAAUCCAAGGACAUCCAGUUGGCUCGCAGACUCCGUGGUGAGCGAUCAUAGAAUGGUGGUUUGGCUUUGAGUCUCAUUUAAAUGAUCUCAUUCUUGGGCCUUGGUCGCUGAGGCCUUGGUCAAUAUGAAUGGAUCUUUGGUGGGCGCGUAAUGGGAUGGGGGUUCUUCAAUGGUUUUCGGCAUGGAGUUUUUAUUUGCCACGGGAAAUUUCGAUUUUACAGGGUGUACAUUACACGUAUGAGCGCUUCGACCAGCGAUGGGCGCUGAGUCUGGAGUGCAACAAUCAAUCAUGACUUUCAAAACUUCUAA